AUGUCUGUCAUACGAGAAACUGUUCGCGGCGUCAACACUCAACUCGAUCGUCUCCAACAACAAAUCCCAAGCCCCCAAACAAUUGAGGCUGUGGAUAUAUCCUCCGUCUCCGUUGAGUCAAUCGGUCGAUUACAAGAUAUUAUCAACACCCUUUCGGUGACUUCCAAGACCCAACCUCUUCUCCCUCCUAGUCGGUUGGCAGACUUACUGUCAGGUCCUGCCUUCUCCCAUCUUCAGGUACAGACUGCUGUAUCCGUUGGACAUAGUCCACAAAUCUCGGACUAUGUAUGGAUAGUGGCCGCGAAGGCUGCCGUUCAGGCAUCAGGGCUGGUCAUGAACACACUCUUGGACCAAACGCUCCAACUUCACGAUGAGGCCUAUUACUGGGGCGAGACUCUGGGCUCCAUCUGGUAUAGCGCUCUGUAUGCCGUUCAAGAAUCCCCAGAGCAAUUAUUACGGUGGACGAAGGACGCAUGUAUCAGUCAGACUUACCGAGGAGCCCCGUCCAUCAGUGAUAGGUGGUCCCAAUUCUACCAGAUUGUUCGCCAAAACGGCUGGAAACUCGGAGGCUACUCCAUACGGGCUCAUAUGCUGUCCCCAGUCAGGUCAUGUCGGGCAGAAAUGCGACAGAAACGGGACCUGCUCCUGGCAAUGAAAGACCUUCACACUAGCAGUCUUGGGCUACUGAUGGGAGGGUGGCAAUCUUUCGAGGCGAACGGCUCUGCGGACCCCAGUACCGAGGCUCUGAGCAGCGAAUGGCGCGAUGCAAUUUACAAAGCAGUGGUGCUGAUUGAAGCCGUUUUCCAACAGCUAGCACUCGAGCCCACUAUGCAAGAGUUGGAACAGGGGAUAUUUGCCGCUCUGGAUAAGGACUCCGGAAAAAUAGAAUCGCAAACACAAGGGGAGAAUCCGGUUCUUAAACCUUUGGAUUUGAUCGAACGACUUGUGCGUGUACUCCGAGACAAGCUGCCAAACCACGCCGUUUCCACGUCCAAAUUUAUCCGUCGCCACGGGCGUCCUUCCUGUUUAGUCCGCUUUUGGUUACCCGUAUCAGUCGCUGUCUUUACAGGAUGUACAUCGAUGAGAUUCUUGGCCAAUAGACAAGAGGACAUCGUUCAAUGGAUUGUGAAUAUCGGAUCCACCACUGUCGAUUUCUGGGGCAAUUGGGUCGUUGACCCAAUUCGAAAACUCAUUGGAACGAUCCGGCAUGACGAGAAAAGCGAGAUCGCCAUCAUGAGCAAGAAUAGCCUGCUGGCUGACCGGGCAAGCCUUGAAAGGAUGGUGGUUGAUUUUGUUCGCGACCGUCCGGAACUGUCGCGGGGGGUUUGGGAUGAUCCGACCGCCAUCGUCGAUUCUGUCAAGGAGGGCGAUUUGACGCCUGUUCUGAGAGCAUAUGAAAGAGAUCUACGGUCGCCAUUUGUUGGCACCGUUAAAGGCGACCUCGUCCGCGCCCUUCUUAUCCAGAUACAGAAGACGAAAGUUGAUGUGGAAAUAGCCAUCAGUGGUAUCGAUGCCCUGCUGAAGAGCCAGGAGCUUGUAUUCGGGUUCGUUGGAUUGACCCCAGGAAUCUUGGUGUCUUUCGCAACUCUGAAAUGGUUUGCUGGUCUCCUUGGUAGCAGACGAGGAUUGCGAAAAGGCAAACAGCGACAUGAAGCAAAGCGCGGGUUACGGAAUGUGGCCCGCAUUUUGACUUCUUCUACGGUUCUGUCUAAUGGGACUAUCCCUUACAAGGUCUCCGGGCAAUUGAUAUGUGAGGCAGAAGUUCUUCUUCAACAGGUGAAAACAGUUUUCGGAAGCAUGCAGUACGACGAAUUCCGCGAAGACAUUCGAGAUCUCCUGAAUGCUCAGAAUGGAGUGGACAAGCAACUUCGGGUGCUUGAAAGGAUGAGAUGGGCUUAUUUCCAAUAG